GCUGUGGUUAAUCAUUGUUUCAGGGGGCUGAGUAGAGUAUAAAACGGGAUGGUGACACUCUGUGUCUUUGCCUUAUUUGUCUUCCAUCAACAUGUCUUUCACUGGAAAAUACCAACUUGAGUCCCAGGAGAACUUUGAGUCUUUCAUGAAGGCAAUUGGUCUCCCUGAUGAGCUCAUCCAGAAAGGCAAGGACAUCAAGAGUCUUUCUGAAAUUGAAGAAAAUGGCGACAAUUUCAAAGUGACAGUCACCACCGGCACUAAGGUCCUCGUCAACACUUUCAUCGUCGGACAGGAAGCUGACCUUGAAACCGUCACCGGCGAGAAGAUUAAGGCUGUGGUCAAGCGUGAAGGAAACAAGCUGAAGGUCUCCCUCAAGGGAAUCGAGUCUGUCACAGAAUUGGUUGAUGCCAACACUAUUGUUAAUACCAUGACUCUUGGUGGCAUUGUUUACAAGAGGAUUAGCAAACGUGUAUAAAUUCUUUCCUAAUAAAAAAAAAAUAAGCAAACGGAA